AUGUCAUCAUAUCAGCUAUAUCAACAAAUAUCUAGAGAUGAAACGCAUACAUAUAAGUUACUUCAACUACCACCAGAAUUGCUUAAUCAAUUAGAUAGAGCUGCUAAUAACCAAGAUGAUGAUGAAUUACUUAUAAAAUCAGAUAUUAAUUCACUUGUAUUAUGUACCAAAAAUCAAACAUGGAAAUUACGACAAAUGAAUCAUUCAAAUACAGUUCUAUUAUUAAGCAAUUUAAAUAUGGUUAAGAAUAAGACAAGUUUAAUCCAAUCUGACGAUUCAUUAAUUGGAUUUCAAGAUUGUAAUUAUGAAUAUGAAUUAACUAAAACUCAAGGAAUAGUUGAUUUUACAACCAUUCCAAAAUAUGAUGGUACUUAUAAUAAUAUUACUGACAGCACCAAUAAUAAAUCUAUUCGUCAAUUAUUAGAUGAUUCAUUAUGUUCAGAAAUUGAAUUUUGGAAAUUAUGGUAUGAACAAUCUGGUUGUGAAAUUGAUGAUAUUGCUUACAUAAUGUCAAAACCAUUCAUAACGGAAAUCUUAUAUGAUUUAAUCACCUAUUUAAUAUCCAAAGAGAUAAAUUAUAAUCAAUCAAUUGAAUUACAGCAAUUAGAUUCAUUAUUAAGUCCAAAAAUCAAUCCAUCAAUGAUUAUAUCAAUCCUACAUAGAUUUGCAACCAUUGAAGAUGGUGACAUUGAACAUGCAUAUAAAUUAAAUCAUAUCAAAAUUUCUCAAUGGUUUGGGAUGAUUGAAUUAUCCAAACGGGCUUCUCAUCAAUUAUUAACAAUUCCUGAAUUUUUAAUUGGUUGGAAGGGGUCAUUACCACCAUUUUAUAAUAUCAGUUUAGAUAUUGAAUAUUUAAAAGGUUGGUAUGCUAUGCCUCAAGAUGGUCAUAUUUUAUUUGUUGAUCGAGAUGAAUUAUCUCAGAAUAUAGGUAUUCGAUUUAAACAAUUAUUUGAAGUUGAUUCAAAUUGGGAUUAUGAUUUGUUUACGGCGUUUAUUAAAGAUAUUGUACCAAAAGAUAAAAAAUUAGAUGCAAUAAUUAUUAAAUUUGGUAAAAAGAAGAAAAUUGGAAAAGAUAAAUUUAUUAGUGGUGGAUGCGCAGGUACAUCAACCGAUCUUGCAUUUUUCCCAAUUGAUACAAUCAAAACCCGUCUUCAAGCAAAAGGAGGAUUUUUCGCUAAUGGAGGAUAUCAUGGAAUAUAUCGCGGAUUAGGUUCAUGUGUAGUCGCACUGGCCCCAUCAGCAUCCCUUUUUUUCAUAACUUAUGAUUCAAUGAAAAUCUACACCCAAGAUUAUAUUUCAUCACCAUCUCAAAGACAUAUGAUUUCUGCGUCUUGUGGAGAAAUUGCCGCAUGUUUAGUCAGAGUGCCCGCAGAAGUUAUUAAACAACGUACUCAGGCGGGACAUUUGGGUCAUGGGGGGAUUUCAUCAAGUUGGGCCAAUUUCUUAUAUCUAAUCAAGAAUUCUAGUCAAGAAGGAGUGGUUAGGGGGUUAUAUCGAGGUUGGAAUACUACUAUUAUGAGAGAGAUCCCUUUCACUGUGAUUCAAUUCCCAUUAUAUGAAUGGUUGAAAGUUAAAUGGAUAACAACUACUCAUUUGGAUAAAGAUCGAUAUUCGGUUAUUAAAGGAGCCAUGUGCGGUUCUGUUGCUGGAUCUAUUGCGGCAGCUGCGACUACUCCUUUGGAUGUGAUUAAGACUAGAAUUAUGUUACAUAAAGAACGAGUAAGUGUUGGUCAUUUAGUGAAAACUAUGAUUGAAGAAGAAGGUUAUAGACCAUUUUUGAAUGGGAUUGGACCUAGAACUUGUUGGAUAGGUGCUGGUGGGGCAAUCUUUUUGGGUUGUUAUGAAUUGGUUCAUUCCAGUUUGUCUGCAUAUGUAAAUAAACACAAAGUGUUAGAAUAG